UUUUGUCUAGAUCCCGCAUGCUGCACACCCGGAGAGCAUGCAACAGAGCUGUACUCUAUAGGGAAGAGCACCAUGGACCGCGUUCAAGUCCACGGCACUGACAAGCCUUUGGCCCAAGUACUGCUCGACAACUACACCAUUAAUUACUGUCAACUUGCAUCUGCUGCGUUGUUACUCUUCGAUUAUCUACUUACAUUCGGAGACGAGGCGCACUUCAUCUGGGGUACACGAAUGCGCGUUGCAUUCGUGUUCUACCUGAAUAGGUUCACCAUGUUGGCAACUGCAGUGCUAUACAUACUGGGGAUUUUGUCGUGGCAUUCUCUCAUUGUCUGUAAAGGGCAAGUCAUUGCGAACGAAAUAUGUCUAUGUCUCUCGUACCUUAUAUGGACAUGGGUCUCGGCUCUGCGUAUACAAGCUUUGAGUCAAAGCAUCAUACUUACGCCAUCACCUCCAUACUGAGCAUAAUACCUCUGUGUGUUACAUAGUCGUUUAUGCAACCAUGGAGCUGGUCCUCAUGCCCCUCAUCCCGGGCCUCACCGCAUGCGCAAGCUACCAGUAUCUUUCUCCCAAAA